UGUGACAUCUUUUAAAAUGGCAACUCUCUUUUUGACGGAAAUUACAGACGGCUACACAAACACCGCGAGCUAAACUGCGUACGAAUAAAACCGAACAAUCUGGAAAAUUACGCUUCCUAAGGCAAUGGCAGCGUCUUCGUCGUCCUCGUCUGCGGGAGGUGUGAGCGGUAGCUCGGUAACAGGCUCUGGAUUCAGCGCUUCAGAGCUCAUCCCUCCCAGGAAAGUUCUCUACACUUAUCCGAAAGGAGCUGGGGAAAUGAUGGAAGAUGGCUCUGACAGAUUUUUAUGCGAGUCUGUGUUCAGCUACCAAGUUGCCUCCACGCUAAAGCAGGUUAAGCAAGAUCAACAAGCAUCUAGAAUGGAGAAACUUGCGAGCCUUGUGGAAGAGCUGGAAGCAGACGAAUGGCGCUACAAACCAAUAGAGCAACUACUGGGAUUCACACCGUCCUAGUCAAAGUCAUUCAGAUGCCUUUUGUGGAAUAAAUCAGCCAAACAGAAUGAAGACAAUAGGAAAUGUUUUAUUCUGUCUCACAUGUGAUACUUUUUGGAUGUAAGAGUUUACACUGUAACAUAGAACUAAAAGUUAUUUCAACAUGUUGAACGUAAGAUUUUUUUUUUUUGUAUAUUUUGCACAAUUUUGUGUUUACCUUUUUUAAACCUAUUUCCUAUCAUGUGUACCACCUAAACUAAAAUACCUUCCAGCUUAAUCUUACAACUACUCAACUUGUAAUAUUAUUUAACAGUCAUAAUAUGUCUUUCAUCUCAUUCAGACUAAUAAAACGGAUUCUUGACA